UCAUCUAAACAUUUUAUAAGACAUGGCUGGUGUUUUAGCGUUGAAAGAAUCAGUUUUGAUUUAUUUAGACAGAAGCGGUGGCCUUAAGAAACUCGCUGACGACUGCAAACCACUUAAUGACCUCCAACACACGGAGGCAGUCUACAGGUUCACGGUUGGUGUUAAUCCUUCUGAUUUAAUAGAAGUGGAUCCCGUUCUGGGCGACUAUGUUCUGCACGACCCGCUUAAAGCCACAGUUCUGUUUCAGUCGGUUUGUUUCUUGGCUAUAAAGACUCUUUCACUCUCAGAAAAAAUACAAACAGCGAGUCAGGUGAACAUCUCUUUGAACUUCACACACCUGCCUCCAUUCCCUGAGUACACACUGGAGCUUUGUAGUUUUCCUCGUGUGUAUGGGCCCAUGAGGCCCGUCUCCAUGGAGGGGGUAGUUAUUGCCAUGACAAGAGUAACGAAGUACACUCUGGGGGCAAGGUUCCUGUGUACUAAUGAAGAAUGCUCCUGCUCUGCAGGGUUCCAUUACAUCCGAGUCCACGCUCCCGGAGCCACAGAGUCAGCUACUGUGAGAAACGACUUCAGCUGCACGAUCUGCAGCUCCCAGCUGAAAGAGGACGUGAAGUUCAGAGUUUUAGGAGACAAACAGCUGGUGGAGCUGACCCAUGUGAAAGCGCUGGAUGUUCUAAGAGGUCAUCAGCAAAGCUCACUCAGAUACCAGUCCAUCACCCUGUUUCUGAGAGACGAGCUGUGUGGCUCCAUGAGAAUUGGUUGCCUCUACAGGGUGAUAGGCAUUCCUGUGCUUGUUCACCAGUGGCCCAACCUUACCUGGAGUGUUGAGGCAAAUAGUGUCCAACUGUGGGAGCCAAAGUGUUGCCAUAAAGUGUCUCCGGGAUUCCAGGAGCUGUGGAAGAGCUCCUCAUCUUCUCCCUGGAGGUUCUCUGCCGUUGUAGCUCACCACUUUGGACUGGACCUGGCUCCCCCUGGCUUAUAUGACACACUGAAACUGGGUUUGCUGCUCAGCCUGGUGCAGACCAGGACGGACACAAACCACACGUUUCACAGUGUAGACCUCCUGGUUGUGACAACUGAUGCCCUCAUACUAGACAGACUAAUGACAUACAGCCUGAGCCUGGCGUGUCGUGGGGUCAGGCAUCAAGCCUCAGGGGAGAUGUUUGCAUAUCUGUCUCGAGACGAACACGGAGCGGGGACGGCUAACAUCCAUGCUGGUUCUGCGUUACUCGCCACCGAAGGCAUUUGCAUGUUGGGAGAUCUGGGUCUUUACAAAAAGGACAAGAUGGACUCCAUUCAGUCAGUCCUGGAGAGCCACUCUGUGUCCGUGUUCAUCCCAGGGAAGAAGUAUGGCGAAGAUGCUGAUCAGCAGAUUUCUCUACCAGUGCAGUGCAGCUUCUGGGGCAUCACAGACUCCUGUUGUUGUUCCAAGAGGAUGGACUCUGCUCUUCUGGGGACUGCAGAGAUGGGUCCGGUCCCAGUUCAGCUAGCAGAAGCCUUCGGCCUCGUCAUUCACUGUGGAGAUCGAGUCGGGGAGCAGGCGUUGCUCGCUCAGACUGUGCACACCCUCCUACAGGCGGUGCAGCCAAGAAAACAGCCCCCCUCGUCUAGUUGGGACUUUUCAAAUGAAGACUACAGAGAGCUGGUGGCUUAUUGUCGGGGUCUGGAAGUGGAGCUGAGCCCCGAAGCUGAGAAACUGAUUCAUGGUUUUUACAUGGCGAGCCGCCGAGCUCGCACUCUGAAUCAAGCUGUUAAGAUUUCUCCGGCUUCCAUCAAACUUCUGGUCUCUUUGGCCGAGGCUCACUGCAAGUUGUCCUUAAGAAGUCGGGUUCUGGAGGAGGAUGCGGUGAUCGCUGUGCUCCUGUGUGAGAACUCCGUCACUCUCAGACACGGAGCCUCUGCUCUUGCUGUUCCACCCGACGCCGUGUUUCCCUGUGAUGUCAGAGAGGUGGACGGUUUGCACAAGAGAGACAGAAUCCUGGACAAGCUGCACCAGAAUAUCCUACGCUUUAUCUACACUUAUGCACCUGGAGCAGACACGUACAUCACAGAAGAGUAACACCACUUCUGCAGUUAGGAAAGAGUUCGAGUCAAAUGGGCGAUGUAGGUGGUGGCCAGGAUCAGGACGUCCAGUUUGGACAGCUUGGUGUCCGGGGGCACAGACGGUAAAGUCCUCUGGAGCUCCAGGAAUGCGGUCCUCAGCGUCUGCACUCUGCUCCUCUCCCGCGCCGCGUUAGCUGCCGCCGGCCGCCCUCUGCCGCCGAGCCCGCCGUUCUGGAGCGUUCUGGCCCGGUGAAGGUCGCGGUGACGGCCGUCCGGACUGGGGCUGGAGCUCGGACUGGAAGCCGGACUGUCGUCCACCACCGUCCCGGAACAAUUCCCGCUGUCCAUGUUUGUUGACUUCCGACCAUAAGGGUGCACCUACAAACCUAGAGAUUCAAUACGUAUUUAUUUAUUUAUUCAUUAUUGUUGAAACUGGCCAUAUGUCGCACAUCAAAAUAAAACUUAAGUUAUAAUAACUGA